AUGGAGUCAGCAGAGAAUCGGGUUGUGGUUGCAUCAUCAGAAGGAAAGAGAAAGAGAAGCAAAAGAAGGAGAAGAAACGAGAAGCCAGUGAUUGCUCCAUCAUCAUUACCAAAAGAAGUGAUAGAGGAAAUCUUCUUGCGACUUCCAGUAAAAGUGCUAAUCCUACUCAGGUCGCUCUCAAAACAAUGGAAAGUGACAAUGGAGUCCCUCUCUUUCGCAGAGAGACACUUGAAGAUCGCCAAGGAAUCCCGCGUGAAACUGAUCAUGGUCAUCGACUCACGUCUGCUUGCUUGGAAUCAGCUUCUCUUCUAUCCUCCCCCAGAUUCAAACGUUAGUUUUAGGAUGUUCUGCUUGGAAUCAGCUUCUCUUCUAUCCUCUACUCUCAUCAAUUUCUCUCAAGGAUUCGAUAACUGGAUAUUCAUCUCUGGAAACUGCGACGGCCUUUUCUGCAUCCAUUCCCCUAAAACUCAAUCCAUAUAUGUAGUUAAUCCGGCUACACGGUGGCUCCGACAACUUCCUCCUGCUAGGUUUCAGAUUUUGAUGCACAAGUUUGACCCGAGUCUAGAAGAGUGGAAAGCCAUGGAUUCAUUGUUUCAUCUAGCAUUCGUGAAGAAGGCUGCUGCCGAUUACAAAUUAGUGUGGUUGUAUAAUUCUGAUAGUUACAAUGCUGAUCCUUCGUGUCCAAACGAGGGAGUUACCAAAUGUGAGGUUUUUGACGUUAGGGCAAACGCUUGGAGAUACUUGGCUUGCACUCCAAGUUAUCGUAUAUUUCCUAGACAAAAGCCAGCCUAUGCAAAUGGAUCGGUGUAUUGGCUCACGGAACUACAUGAGGGCAGAAUCGAAGUGGUGGAUUUUGAUAUCCAAACAGAAACAUUCAGGUUGCUGCAGAACAUCAUUCCGGCUAUUGCUAGUUCAGAUCCUAGCCAUGUUGACAUGUGCACUCUAGAUAAUCAUUUGUGUAUGUCGAAAAGGGAGCACGUUACCAAGAUCCAAGAGAUAUGGAGGUUGAAACCAACAGAAGGCACUUGGGAGAUGAUUUUUUCAAUAGAUCUCAUUUCUUGCCCUUCUCCUCGAACUGAGAUCCGCGAUCAGUUUGAAUGGAGCCGUAAGGAUUUAGUUGAGCCAUCCACACCCGUGGCCGUAUGCAAGAACAAGAAAAUCCUGCUCUCACAUAGCUAUUCCCGCGGUCUGGUAAAAUAUGAUCCCCUAACAAAGUCUCUAGAUUUCUUUUACCGAGAUCCUAUGGCUUGGAGAAAAGUUACUUAUUUUCAAAGUUUGAUCUCUCAUAUCUAG